UCAGCAGCAGUUGUUUGCAACUAUCUGUAAAGGAGCAAUGUUGAAAUUCGUGCUAGUAUUGUUUUUUGUGGCUUGUGCCUACGCUCGCACCAUACCCGACGGUAUGAUCGUCGUUGACGAUGGUUUGAGAGGACGUAUUGUUGGCGGUACACCAACCACCAUCAGUUCAUUCCCAUGGCAGGUAUCGCUCCAACGUUCCGGUUCUCACUCAUGCGGUGGCUCCAUCUAUAGCAGCAACAUUAUUGUGACCGCCGCUCACUGCUUGCAAUCGGUUAGCGCUUCGGUUUUGAGAAUCCGUGCCGGUUCUACCUACUGGAACUCUGGUGGUGUUACCAUCUCUGUCUCUGCGUUCAAAAAUCACGAAGGCUACUCCUCAUCAACUUACUCCAACGAUAUUGCCAUCAUCAAGCUAGCCUCAUCUCUGUCCUUCAGCUCGACCACUAAGUCGAUUGACUUGGCUACCAGCACACCCGCCACUGGCGCCUCCGCAGCAGUAUCUGGUUGGGGUACACUGACAUCUGGCUCCAGCAGCAUUCCCAGUCAAUUGCAAUACGUUAACGUAGAUAUCAUCGAUCGUAGCAAAUGUGCUUCCAGCUCAUACAAAUAUGGUUCUUCCAUUAAAUCCGGCAUGGUCUGUGCUGCUUCCAGCGGUAAGGAUGCCUGCCAAGGCGAUUCCGGUGGCCCAUUGGUAUCCGGUGGUGUACUUGUUGGUGUUGUAUCAUGGGGUAAUGGUUGUGCGCUUGCUAACUAUCCCGGUGUUUAUACCGAUGUUCCCUCUUACCGCUCCUGGAUUGUAGAGAAAGCAAACUCCAUCACUGCUCCAAUAGUUAGUGGUGAUCAAUCGGAGCAAGAAGACGAUGAAUUGGAGACGUUGUUCGAUGAGGAUCCGUGUCAAAUGCAAGAAGAGCUUGCUUCCGCCAGCAAUUUUGAUCAGCAGCAGUUGUUUGCAACUAUCUGUAAAGGAGCAAUGUUGAAAUUCGUGGUAGUAUUGUUUUUUGUGGCUUGUGCCUACGCUCGCUCCGUACCCGACGGUAUGAUCAUCGUUGACGACGGUUUGAGAGGACGUAUUGUUGGCGGUACACCAACCACCAUCAGUUCAUUCCCAUGGCAGGUAUCGCUCCAACGUUCCGGUUCUCACUCAUGCGGUGGCUCCAUCUAUAGCAGCAACAUUAUUGUGACCGCCGCUCACUGCUUGCAAUCGGUUAGCGCUUCGGUUUUGAGAAUCCGUGCCGGUUCUACCUACUGGAACUCUGGUGGUGUUACCAUCUCUGUCUCUGCUUUCAAAAAUCACGAAGGCUACUCCUCAUCAACUUACUCCAACGAUAUUGCCAUCAUCAAGCUAGCCUCAUCUCUGUCCUUCAGCUCGACCACUAAGUCGAUUGACUUGGCUACCAGCACACCCGCCACUGGCGCCUCCGCAGCAGUAUCUGGUUGGGGUACACUGACAUCUGGCUCCAGCAGCAUUCCCAGUCAAUUGCAAUACGUCAACGUAGACAUCAUCGAUCGUAGCAAAUGUGCUUCCAGCUCAUACAAAUAUGGUUCUUCCAUUAAAUCCGGCAUGGUCUGUGCUGCUUCCAGCGGUAAGGAUGCCUGCCAAGGCGAUUCCGGUGGCCCAUUGGUAUCCGGUGGUGUACUUGUUGGUGUUGUAUCAUGGGGUAAUGGUUGUGCGCUUGCUAACUAUCCCGGUGUUUCUACCGAUGUUCCCUCUUACCGCUCCUGGAUUGUGGAGAAAGCAAACUCCAUUUACCAUUUUGAUCAGCAGCAGUUGUUUGCAACUAUCUGUAAAGGAGCAAUGUUGAAAUUUGUGCUAGUAUUGUUUUUUGUGGCUUGUGCCUACGCUCGCACCAUACCCGACGGUAUGAUCGUCGUUGACGACGGUUUGAGAGGACGUAUUGUUGGCGGUACACCAACCACCAUCAGUUCAUUCCCAUGGCAGGUAUCGCUCCAACGUUCCGGUUCUCACUCAUGCGGUGGCUCCAUCUAUAGCAGCAACAUUAUUGUGACCGCCGCUCACUGCUUGCAAUCGGUUAGCGCUUCGGUUUUGAGAAUCCGUGCCGGUUCUACCUACUGGAACUCUGGUGGUGUUACCAUCUCUGUCUCUGCUUUCAAAAAUCACGAAGGCUACUCCUCAUCAACUUACUCCAACGAUAUUGCCAUCAUCAAGCUAGCCUCAUCUCUGUCCUUCAGCUCGACCACUAAGUCGAUUGACUUGGCUACUAGCACACCAGCCACUGGUGCCUCCGCAGCUGUAUCUGGUUGGGGUACACUGACAUCUGGCUCCAGCAGCAUUCCCAGUCAAUUGCAAUACGUCGACGUAGACAUCAUCGAUCGUAGCAAAUGUGCUUCCAGCUCAUACAAAUAUGGUUCUUCCAUUAAAUCCGGCAUGGUCUGUGCUGCUUCCAGCGGUAAGGAUGCCUGCCAAGGCGAUUCCGGUGGCCCAUUGGUAUCCGGUGGUGUACUUGUUGGUGUUGUAUCAUGGGGUAAUGGUUGUGCGCUUGCUAACUAUCCCGGUGUUUAUACCGAUGUUCCCUCUUACCGCUCCUGGAUUAUAGAGAAAGCAAGCUCCAUCUAAGGUACUCGAUAUGAUGAAAAUAAAAAUAAUAAAGCUUGCGAUUUGAAAAUAAAAA